GGUUUGGUCAGCUGAUGCUCCUCUCCGCUGUCAUGAGGACUCUCUCUAACCCCGCCCUCUCGGGGCGCACGGGGAUAGCGAAUCAAACAGACUAACGGGGUUGGGGGUGGAGGAGAUCCUCAACUUGGGCUCCCGGAGUCGGUGCUCCUCCUGGUGCGGUGCAGUCUCAGCUCUCCACCGGACCGGUAUGCACUACCCGCGGAGGAGGAAGUGAGCCACCGCCAAACCGUGAAAGAUGCAGGCGGAGGACAUGGAGGUACCUAUCAUUAAUAACCUUAACGAUAACGGCGACAGACAGAGGCCGAGAGGGAAAGAUGUGUUCAAGGAUCAGCAGAAGGAGUCGGAGAGCUCCAUGGAGUCUCCCAACCUGGAGUUUGAGUAUGGAGACACGGACACGCUCACUGCUGAGCUCUCAGAGCUCUACAGUUACACAGAGGAGCCGGAGUUUGCCCUGAACAGAGACUACUUUGAGGAGGACUUCAGGAGCCAUGCUCGGGGCAGGAGGUGGAUCGAGCUGGCGGUGGACGAGCAGAGGGCGUAUGUGAUGAGGCUGCUGGACUCGCUGGAGGUGACGGACAGAGACAAGCGGCUGAAGGUGGCCCGAGCCAUCCUCUACCUGGCUCAGGGAGUGUUUGAUGAGUGUGACACAGAGGUGGAUGUGCUCCACUGGUCCAGGCACAACGUCUUUCUGCUCUACGACAUGGGCAUCUUCACAGCACUGCUGGAGCUGCUCAGCAUGGAGAUAGAUAACAGCCAGGCGUGCAGCAGUGCAGUGAGGAAGCCUGCCAUCUCUCUUGCAGACAGCACAGAGCUCAGAGUGUUACUGAGCAUCAUGUACCUAAUGGUGGAGACCAUUAGAGUUCAAACAGAGGAUGACCGGCCUGAGUGGACAGCAGCCAGAGAGGCCUUCAAGAAUGAGUUAGGUUCACCUCUGUACAACGGAGAGCCCUUCGCCCUCCUCCUCUUCACCAUGGUAACCAAGUUCUGCAGCAUGAACGCUCCACACUUCCCCAUGAAGAAAGUGCUCCUGCUGCUCUGGAAGACGAUACUGUUCACCCUGGGGGGUUUCGAGGAGCUCCAGGAGAUGAAGGUGCGGGGCCGGGAGCGCCUCAACCUGCCUCCGCUGCCGGAGGACAGCAUCAAGGUGGUCCGGGCCAUGAGGGCGGCCUCGCCCCCGGCCUCCGCCAUGGAGCUCAUCGAGCAGCAGCAGCAGCAGAAGAGGGGCCGUCGCAGCCGCAGGAGUGCCUUUGUUGAUAGCUUGGAAGGAGACAGUCCCUUUCCCAAGAAGCAGCCCCUGGUCAAACAGGACAGCCUGGACACGUACAACGAGCGGGACCCCUUCAAGAACGACGACGCCCGCGACGAGGAGGAGGACCCCGAGGACACGGACAGCGGCAUCGAGGGCGAGGUGGAUCCCCUGGACCGUGAUGUCAUCAUCCAGCCUCCGCCUCCACCGCCUCCUCUGAGACCUCCAACUGAGAGGGUCAACUUCCCCAAGGGCCUCCCCUGGGCCCCUAAAGUCAGGGAGAAAGACAUCGAGCACUUCCUGGAAACCAGUAGAAACAAGUUCAUCGGCUUCACUCUGGGAAAUGACACAGAGACCUUGGUGGGCUUGCCCAGACCCAUCCACGAGAGCGUCAAGACUCUUAAACAGCACAAAUAUGUGUCUAUUGCUGAAGUCCAGAUCAAGAGGGAAGAGGAGCUGCAGCAGUGUCCACUGACUCUGGGUGAGGAGGAGGUGGAGGAGACACCUGCAGAGAUGCUGUACCUGGGCAUGCUUCCUAACCUUUCCCAGUAUGUGAUCGCCCUCCUGAAGCUGCUGCUGGCCGCUGCUCCCACCUCCAAAGCCAAAACCGACUCUAUCAACAUCCUGGCUGAUGUGCUGCCUGAGGAGAUGCCUAUUACAGUCCUUCAAAGCAUGAAGCUGGGAAUUGACGUGAACCGCCACAAGGAAAUCAUCGUCAAGGCCAUCUCUGCUCUGCUGCUGCUGCUCCUCAAGCACUUCAAGCUCAACCAUAUCUAUCAGUUCGAGAUUGUCUCCCAGCACCUGGUGUUUGCCAACUGUAUCCCACUCAUCCUCAAGUUCUUCAACCAGAACAUCAUGUCCUAUAUCAGUGCCAAAAACAGUAUCUGUGUGCUGGACUUUCCCCACUGCGUGGUCCACGAGAUGCCUGAGCUCACAGCUGAGAGCUUGGAAGCAGGAGACAACAACCAGUUCUGCUGGAGGAACCUGUUCUCUUGUAUCAACCUGCUGAGAAUCCUGAACAAGCUGACCAAGUGGAAACACUCGAGGACCAUGAUGCUGGUGGUGUUCAAGUCCGCUCCCAUCCUGAAGAGAGCUCUGAAGGUCAAACAGGCCAUGAUGCAGCUCUACGUCCUCAAGCUGCUUAAGAUCCAGACCAAGUACCUGGGCCGCCAGUGGAGGAAGAGCAACAUGAAGACCAUGUCGGCCAUCUACCAGAAAGUCCGCCACAGGCUUAAUGACGACUGGGCCUAUGGAAACGAUAUCGAUGCGCGGCCCUGGGACUUCCAGGCGGAGGAGUGCGCCCUGCGCGAGAGCAUCGAGAAGUUUAACAGCCGCCGCUACGACAAGAACAAGAACGGGGACUUCACGCCCGUGGAUAACUGCCUGCAGAGCGUGCUGGGCCAGCGCGUGGAGCUGCCCGAGGACUUCCACUACAGCUACGAGAUGUGGCUGGAGAGGGAGGUGUUCUCCCAGCCGAUCCAGUGGGAGGGGCUGCUACAGAAUCCGUGAUGGAGUGGAAGGGAGAGGGGUGGAGGAGGAGGAGGAGGAGGAGGGGAGUGUAGAGGUCACAUACGAGCCUGCGGCAGCGGUUUUAAGGUGCAGAGAGAAGGGAGGAAAGAGAGGUCACCUCCAGGGCCAUGCAGCGAUGGGAGGAGAUGGAGCAAAGCUGACUGUGAGCUCGCCACACACACACACACACACACACACACACACACACAUGCACGCACUAACAUGUGCCUAUGACUACUGUGAACUACUGUGGAUGUGACAGGCAAGAACAGAGGUAGCAGUUCAUAAGAAACAUCUGGUAUCACUGUAGCAGGAGACUGUUUUGGCCAGUUAUACUGCCCCCCCCAUGUUACACAACAACAUAAAUCCCCCUUUAUAAGAUGUUGGUGCUUUUUCGACUCCUUAGUGAUGUUUAUUUAUAUCAAUGUGCGUGCUUAAACAUUUUAUGAUACAUGAUUUUUUUGAAAGAGGAUGUAAAUUUAAAUGAUUUCUAAUCAGUUUAUGCCUUUUUUAUUAUUUUGUCUCAGAGCCUGAUGGGUUGUAGUUUGUCGGUGACGGAUUUGAAAGUUUUUCUUAUGUAUUUUUUAGAAAAAAAGGCCUUUUGGAAGCAAACCACAGGGUCAUUUUGAUAGUGCAAAUGUAGAAGUUUGGAGCUGUUUCCUCCAAAAAAAAAAAGAAA